ACCGAACUGAAAGUUUUCAUUGAAAAAUGAAGAAUUACUGGUAAAGAAACAGAUAUACGUUUCGAAAGUAAGAGAAUUCGGGUUGUUGUUAGUGUUAUAUGUACAUAUAUUUUAAUAAAUAAUGUCGACGAAGUCCUCGGUUGAUUUGAGGGCGGAACUCGCUGAAUUAGUGAAACGAAAAGCUGAAAUAGCUGAUACCCUUGCUAAUUUAGAACGUCAGAUCUAUGCAUUCGAGGGUAGUUACUUGGAAGACACGCAACUAUAUGGCAACAUAAUACGUGGUUGGGACAGAUACUUAGCCAGCAACAAAAAUACAAAUAGUAAAGCAGAUAAACGUAAUAGGAAGUUUAAAGAAGCUGAAAGGCUUUUUUCAAAAUCUUCCAUCACCUCCAUGGCAGUGAGUAGAUUAUAUUUGAUAUUAUAACUACUUAUAAGUCAGAAAUUACAGAAAGUGAGUGUAAUGCGCAGAGAAUGAAAGACCUUCCUUGAGUAAAUAAAUCUUGAUCCAGUACUCCCUGUUGAAGACCACUCAUUCCCCACAGAUUACUUUUGAUACAGAGUUAUUUCAUUAAUUUACAAGUACAAAUAGCAUACUUUCAGUAUUAAAUAUUUUCGUUAAUAAUAUAAAAAAUAUUGGCAUUUAGAUAUAUGUAUAUAGAUAGAAACUACUUGUUCCAUUGUUUUCACUGUUUGAUAAAGGUUACAAUAACAAUGCUGAAAAUGAUUAUUGAAUAUACAAAUCUGUAAACAUACAGCAUUGAAGUACAAUUACAUAAAACUAGAUUUUCUUUAAAUUAAUUUAAGUUACAAUUUAAUAUACUUAUCAAAUAUAUUUAUCAAAUUAGUAUUACAUGAGGAUAAAUAAGGAUGGAGUAAUCUAGUCCAUAUGAGCAUACAUUUUCAUACACAAAAAAUUUAUAAGCAUGACAAUCUAUAA